AUGGCAUGGGCAUGUUUGUUUCGCUUUGUACAGCAACAGAUAUUUUAUAAAUUGAUAUUUCUUGCGAGCGUUGUAGUAGCCACUUCAGCGUGGUCAAGGCCUUUUUAUCCAGUCAAUAGAGCACCGCCUGUACGAGUUACUAGAUUUGCACCUUUACCUCCAAGACACAAACUGCCGAUUCGACCCGCGCCCUAUCAAAUUGAAGAACCAACAGAACCAAAGUGGGAAAGACCAAAGCGAGAACAUUAUGAGUAUGAAGACCACGAUAGUAAACCAACUAGCGGAGUAACUGGACCAGUGCAUACAUUCGUCAAAACAGAUAAGAAUGCGAACUAUAAAUGGGGGGUGCGCCACCAUGUAGGAAAUAAAUAUGCUUCG